AGAACAAAGCUCAUUAGCUUUCCCCAAGGAAAGACAAUUAAUAAUCCGCAAGGGGCUGGGAAAUAAAGCCCUCCCUGAGCUCUGCUUUCUGCAGACUUGGGAGGUCCGUCAUUCCUGGCAGACCAAGAGAGAUGGUUGUGGGAGGGAGGCAGAGAUGGGUCUGAAAAGAGGGUCAGCUGAGAGUCCUGCUCAGCAUGACGCUGAGAUGCAGAGUUAGAUCAAUGGCUUGUGUGAGUCAAGGAAGCAGGUGGAGAAGGCAGCGCUGGUCGAAACAUGCGGCCUCCUUCUGGUGCUACACAUGUACCGACGAGCCCUCCAACUGGAAUUGUGUUAAAGCGACUAAGUGUGCUGACACUGACAAAUACUGCCUCACAACCUAUGCGUCUGGAGGGAUUGGCGAUAAAAAGGGGCAGCGCAUCACCAAGAAAUGCUCUCCGGUGUGUCCCCAAACAAACCUGAACCUCGGCAUAGCCGCCAUUUCUACCUCCUGCUGUGAGCAUUCCCUCUGCAACCUCAGCGGGGCCAGCAGUGUGAAAACCAGCUACCUGGUGAUGGCCACGGGGAUCUUGGCCAGUCUCAUCUACGGCCUCAGAACGGGACUGUGGUGAGGCCAGGAAAAGAGGACUUGCCAUCCCGAAGAACCAACUUGGGCCUCCCCAGAGAGAUGCCAAAAGCCUUCUGUGCAAAGCUGCCAUCCAGGCUAACACUGUCCUGUCUCUUCCGUGUCACCUCAGAUCCCCUCAGCAAGGAGUUUCUCACUAAUUUUCUACGCUGUUGUUCUUUCUCUGAGGGCCGGGAGCUGUACCCUGGGGAUAAGAGCACUGCCCUCCCUCGCCGGGGGGUUGUGAGCAUAAACGCAUUAAAGAUAUUACGCUGAUGGAGGCUAGAUAUGCACCUAAGAUUUUAUCUAUCUAUCUAUAGUUAAUAGCUCCACCUCCACCUUUGUUUUAGCAGAGCCAGAGUCGUCUCCCACCUGCUUGGUGUCGGUGACCUGGGAUGCUCAGCAGAAUGGUGCUGCCUGGCUAGAUGUGCCAGCUCUGGGGAAAGUCACCAUACAGCACAAACUACUAACAGUUGUUCCACCAUCUGCCACAGACCCUGUGUCAUUCCCCCCUUCAUUCCCCCUAGCACUGUCUCUUCUCUGCCUCUCCUCGCACUCGCACCAGUGAGAGCAUGAGAGCCUUCUCCUCUGCAGCUCGCUCACCAGAGCAGGCU